UAUGUUUUGGCGCACGUCACGCGCGUUAUAACUCAAAUAAAAAUUUUCUAAAUUUGUUUUAUAAGUUAAAUGAAAUGCAAUUAUUCCUUUAAAUAUGUCAUUUAGUAUUGACGAAUUUUAAUAAAUUGUAAAUAGUAAUUAUAUUUUAAGUGACAAUUGUUUUUCUUUUGAAAGAGAAGAUAAUAAAUCAAAAUUACAAUGAAAAAUCCCAAUAAAAUUCCUAAUAAACAAUUUAAAAUACUAUUGGGAGUAUUAGGUGUAACUUUUUUAAUUGCUUCUUAUACUAUUCAUAUUUCUCCGGCAAUAAAUUCUGAACCUUACAAAGAAAAAAGGAGAUUAUCGGUUCAAUCAAUGGAUCCUCUUAAAAAGGUGGAAUAAAAAAUGAUUCGCCUGAAGAGUGAAAAAAAUGCGAGAACUAAAGGAAACUGCUCAUUAGCGAAGUUUUUAAUUAGAAAAUGCAAUUUCCUGGCCAAAAGAGGAAAAUAGAAUAAGUUUUAUGAUUUAAGUAGCGCUCGAGUCAAAAUAAAAAGAAAAAAAAAAUAAAUAAAUUAGAAAACAAGAGGAUAAAAUAAUUUGGCAACAGAAAAUGGAGAUGAAUAAUAUAGGGAACAAUAAAAGUUCAAUUUAUCUAGUGAUACCAUUUAAAAAGCUUUGUCUGACAACAGUUGCACUACCUGUCGUGAGUUUAGUCAUUUGUUUCGUUACAGCGUAUAUAUUUCAACAAGAUGAUAUUCACGAAACACAUUGUCGGGUUUAUAAUGUUCUUCCGUCGAUCUCGGCCAUCACGGGCGUUUCACCUCAGAGAUAUUUGUGGCGAAUUAGCAUAGCUUUACAUGUUGGACCACGAUUUGUAAUUGCAAGCGUUUAUUAUUCAUAUUAUCGAAAAAUAGUUCAAACUCUUGACGAUGUUUCUGUGAAGCUCAUUUCCUGCAGACUUUUGAAUUUAUGUUAUUGGCUCAAUAUUACCGAAGUUUCCGCUUUAUGUGGCGUUACUUAUAUUUCAAAUGCGGAAAAUUAUGCGGUCCAUGAAAAGAUCUUUAUAAUGUUUAUGAUCAGUUCAUUGACAUAUAUGUUGACGGCAGUGAAAUUGAGUCGUUUAAUUACACCAAAUGCACAAAGUCUUCAGUACAAACAAGGCCUGUUUAUAACGAGUCUUAUAAGCACUGCAGGCCUUAUUAUCUUCUUUCUGAAGCAUCGACUUUUAUGCCACGAUUUGGCAUUUAGCUGGUUCUCACUUUGCGAAUACGUGAUAGCUUGCGCAAACAUGGGAUUUCAUAUAUGCGUGGUCUUAGAUUUUCCACACGAGCAACUUGUCGUUGGAAAUGGUUUACCCGCAACAAAGCGAGAUUAACAUCUUUAGGACUAAAACAAACAAAAAAAAAAACAAACAAACAAACAAGAAUAAUAAUAAAUUAAUUAAAUAAAAUAACGUUCGUUUUCCAAGUGCCUCUUGCCUGCUGGGAAUUCUUUUUAAAAACGCGUCUUUUUAAUCAUUGCCAACUACCUCUUCUGAAUGAAAAAAAAAAAAAAAAAAAACGAUCAAUUAAAUUAUUAUUGAUUCUUUUUUUUUUGAAAUUCUAUUUAUUUUCAUUUUUGAUUCUGUUUAUUUCAAAUCUCAAAAUAUAAUAAAAUUUCCAUGGUUUGACACUAGGCACUGGAAAUGUAUGAAGGCCUUUCAUAAUUUUAUCUAUUAAAUUAAUUAAUAUACAAAUUUGUAGUGACACUAUAUAUAUACUUAUAUAUAUAUAUAGAGAGAGAGUAAAGUAACGUUGUACUUCAAAAUACAACAAAAAAGAAAAAAAUAAAUUCAUGGAAACAUUUGGAAUGAAAAGAAAAUUUCCUAUAAAUUUUGGAAGACUGUUGUGUAAAUGGUAAAUAUGACGCUUAAAUAUUGUCACCAUAAUUUUUCGUUUUUAUCGCAUUUUUUUUUCCAGUUGCCAUGAAAAUCCAAUUAAAAUUAAAUAAUCAAAUUAUUAAUUAUUUUAUUUUUUUCUCUUUCUCUUUGAAUUUUAUUUAUUUUUAUUAAUAUUAUUUAUUAUUUAUAUUAUUAUUUAUAUUUAUAUUUUUAUUAUUACAUAUUAUUAUUAUUAUUAUUAUUAUUAAACUAUUGUAUAAUUAAUUUUGAACCUUAAUACAUUUUUGAAAAAAAUGUAUUUUUAUUUUAAAACAAAAAUUAUGUUUUAAUAAAUAUAAAAUAAAAGUGUAUUUAUUUAAAAAAAAAAAAAAUAUAAAUUUAUAAAUGAAAUUGAAAAUAAAAAGGCUGAUAUUUUUAAUUGUUGUUGAGAAAACAUUUAUAAAUGUAUAGAAAAAUGAAAUUUUAAAGACAUUGAUUUGUCUCUUUUUUUUCUAUUGGAUUUUCGGUAAUUGGAAAAAUAUAUGUGAAAACAAAAAAUUGAGGGUAUUUGAUGUGUCUAUAUAUAGUAUAAAAAACAAAAAUUAAAAUAAAAUGUAGAUUUUUAAUUGUCGAAACUGUAUGAUUAAAAUAGUAAGUGGGAACUCUAGUCGAUUUUAAUAAUUCUAGUCGAUGUGUCCUUAACGCUUUGUGAAAAAAUAAUUUGUUUUAUUUUAUUUUUAUUAUUAUUAUUAUUAUUAUCUUCGUAGAUAUGUUUGUAGAAUUUUUCAUGAAUAUCAUAAUUAAAUAAUCCAGAAUUUUUGAAAAAAAAUUUAUAUAAUAGAAAGAAAGAAUGAAAAAAAAAAAAAACAUACAGACUUGGCUUUUUAGAAAAAUGUAAUUUUCUUUUUUUCGUCAGCCAGUCUUGAAAUAUUUUUUCGAAAUUUUUGAAUGAAUGUGUUUAAAAAAAAAAAUUGUACAUAAAUCGUUAAGUUCUCCGUUUCUUUUUUUCUUCACAAAAGAACUAUACAAAAUUUAAAUUUUUUAAUUUCAAUUCUUAUUUUAUAUUUUGAUUUUAAUAUUUUUAUUUUCCUUUUUUCUAUUUUUUCGACUAAAUUUUGUUUUAGGGGAAAAAUUUAAUUUUAUAAUUUUUUUGGUGUUUUUUUUUAAAAGAAUUUUAAUUUAAACAAUUUUUAAAUGUUUUUUGAAUUUUAAAAAUCAAAAUUUUCUUAUAAAGAAAAAACAAAAAAAAAUAGUCUUUAGAAUUUGAGUGCGUAAUUUUUUGAUGAUAAUAGUAAUGAAUGUGUUUUUCGCUUUUGUAAUUAGUUCGGAGGACUUUUUUUUUGGUGUGUUAAAUUAAUUAAUUUUUUUCUCAAAAAAGGAUUAAGAUCUUUCGAGUGUGAAUUUGCUAGAAAUUCUUUUUCUAGAUUGCCAGUAGUCCCCAUGUGACUAGAUAAGCACUUUAAAAAAAAAAGAAAAAAAAAACAAAAAAACUCGAUAAUACUUAUCGUUUUUUGCACAUUUUUACAGCUAAUAAAUAUGUCCAUCGCCCCCCCCCCUCGAAUACAAUAAUCUUUGAUUAUUGUAUAUAAUAUAUAUAUAAUAUUUGUAUCGACGAAUUCGUUACGAUUUAACGCAAUUAUUAUUAUAUUUAUAUAUUAUAUAGUAUUUGCGACUAUAAUUCAACAGAAUUGUAUACAAGUUGAAGUUUUUCUUCGUUUCUCAGGAAAAAAAAUACCCAAAUUUUUUUUUUCCAUAUAUUUUUAAAUUAUUCUCUUUUUUUCCCAAUGCGCAACGAUUUUUUUUUUAUAAUUGUACAAAAAUUCUUUUUUCCCUCUAAGAAUAAAAAAAGUUUUUUUUUUAAAUAACAAAUAUUUAUUUUCAAAAUUUUGUUUCGUAAAUGAUAAAAAUUUAUUUCUAAAGCAUAAAAAAUUUACAAAUAUUUGUAUUUUUUUUUUUAAAAUUAUUUCCUCCAAGAAUCACUUAAAAAAAGAUUCUUUUUUAAAUUACAAAAAUAGUUUAGAAAGAUUUAAUUUUUUAGAAAUUUUCAAAAAAAUAUUAAAUAUUUUUUCUCAUUCUAAAAAAAAAAAAACUCCUGUAAUUAGAGGAAAAAGGAAUUUUUUUUCGGGAACAAAAAGAGAAAGUAAUAUAAAAGAAAAAUGGAAAUUCUUUUUUUUUUCGAAAAAAGAAAUUUUUCCGUAAAAAUAACAACAGAGUGUAACUUUGUUCGAAACUAUCGUAAUUAUUAUUGUAAAAAAGAAAAAUAUUCAUCGCUUAUUUUAAAUGAUUGACGGAAGUGUUUUAAGAAGUUGUUUUGAAAAUGGUAAAAAAAAACGGAUUUUAAAAAUUUUCAUAUCUCAAAUUUUGCCCUUUUUUAAAAAAAAAUAAAUAUUUUUUAUCUCACUAUCAUUUUUUCUUUUGUUUUUUUUUGCUAUUCAAAUACAAAUAUGCGAUCGACUGUGAGGCUUUGAUAAUACAAGCACAAAUUUUAAAAAGUACAAAAAUAAACUGAUAAUUUUUCGUUCUUCCAUUUUUUUUUGCGUCAAAAAAAAAUAUUUCCGUCUUUUAUUCAAUUUAUUUUCUUUAUAAUAUUAAAUUAAUUUAAUAAAAAAAUUAGUUAAAUAUUUACAAAUAAAAAAGUAAAAAGCUACUUUAUUUUUUUAUUAUUAUUUAUAAAUUAUUUAUAAAUAAAAAAUAGUUUAUAAAUAAUUAUAAUAAAAAAGUGAAAUCAAAAAUUUAAUUACUUUCAUUGUAAUUAUUUGGAAACUAAUUUUUUUAAUUUUUUAUUAAAUUAAUUAAUUAUAAUUGCGUGAAAGUGAUUUUUUUAAUUGCCAUAUAUAGUAAAUAAUAAUUUAUUUAUUUAAUUUUUUAAAUGAAUAUACAACUGACGUGUUUGAAUUUUUUUUUUUUUUUAUUUCGACUUCCAGGAUUUGUCUCAUUGUCGAUCGUACAAAGUGUAAGAAACUUGUUGAUGCCAAGGAGCGCGGUGUCAAAUGCAAGAGCUUGAUACCCUUGACACGUGUUACAAGUUCUAUUUAAUUAAUGUCAGCCAUUUGGCACAACAAUUUCCCCUCCCACCAAGAGAAUUAGGCUGAAUGUCUCCUCGUGUGGCGCUUACUGCGUGAAAAUCAUUUUUGUCAUGCAUAAAUUGAGAGCUUGUGAAAAUUUAUUUUUUUAUUUUUCUCUAUUUUUGGGUGAGAAAUUUUUAUUAAAACACUUUUUCUUUUUUUUUUCUUUUUAAUCACUUUUUGUUUUGCAGCGCACUUGAAUUUUUUCUAAUUUUCAAAAAAUUUGUUUUUGAUAAAAUAGAAAAAAAAUUUUCUUUUGAAAUAAUUUUAUUUCUCAAAUUAAUUGGCGAAAAAAUAUUUUGUUUUCCAUUAAAAUUAAAAAUAAUAUUUUAUUUAUUAAAAAUUUUUAUAUUUACAAUAAUUUUUUUUUCGUUUUCUCAUUAAAUUAUCUUAAAUUGAAAUGCGAAAAAAAUUCAAGGCACCUAUUUUGUAAAAAAAUAUUUUCGAUUUUAAUUUUUGUACUUUAUUUUUAAAAAGAAAAAAAAUUUGUCACAAUGAAAGAAAAAUAGAAAAUUAAAGUAGAAAUUUAUUUUCCAAAAGUUGUAUUUUUUUCGCAAUUUAUGUAUAUUCGAAUUUAUUAUUUCUAAUUGCAAAUAUUUCUAAACUGUAAUUUUUUAUUUACAAUGUGUAAAUUUUUUUUAUUUCAAAAAAUUCGAAUUUUUAAAUUUAAAAAUUUAGUACUGUCGAAUUUGAAAAAAAAAAAAAAUUUGUAAAUUUUAAAAAUUCGAAUUUUCAAAUUAUUUUCAAAUUCAUUUUAGAGUCGAAUUUUGAAAUUUUAAUUCAUUUCUCAAUUGAUUGGAAAAUAUUUCUCUCAAACAAAUAUUACAUAAUAAUAAUAAUAAAUAUUUCGUAUUGCGAUUAUGAAUUAUUAUGCAAUCUACAUAAUAAUAAAAGAAAAAGAAAAAAAAAUGUUUAUGGAAAUUUUUAAUUAUUGCAAUUUUUAAUUAAAUUUCUAAGGAAAUUUUUUUUUGCAAAUUUCGUACCAGUAAAUUUUUUGUGUUUAUUGACAGAAAAGUUGUAAAAAAAAAGAAAAAAAAACAGUUUCGAGUAAAAGAAACUUUAUAAAGAAAUAAUGAUGAUGAUGAUUAAGAGAGCGUGUAACUGAUUACUUAACUUAUAUAUGUAUAUGAUAAAAAAAAAAAUAUUUAUUUGUCCAGUAAACGAGUGAAAGAUAAAAUAAUAUACAUUCAAAUUUGAGUGUGUGAUUGAAAAAAAAACACAGGGCAUUAUAUUUCAAAAUCGUAAAAAAAAAAAAAAAAUGCAACCUGCGAGAUUUAUAAAAAAUAAAAGGGAACGGAGUUGUAUGAGAUGCCAAAAGUGAAUAAAACAUAUCUGUCAGAAAAUUUAA